CCGGACUCUGACUGCGACAUUUACAACGAACAUUUAUGCGAUUCAAGGGUAAUAUCUGGGCAUUUUUCUGGUCGUAUCCCUCUGAGAGCGAAGAACGUAACGUUGGAUAGAUGAUUGGUUGGGGACGCUCACGGGACUACGGGUACAACUCGGCAUCAUGAUUCUGUCUUAACCCAUGGCUACGCCUGUGACGCUAUGGUGUGAAACCUGACCAUAUCUCUCAUGGCCACCACCCAAAUCUCGGACCGAUGUACGUACGACGCCCACUCGCUGUCCGUCCCCCACUUGCCCCGUAUUUCCUCAGUCAACGCCGCAGACUCUGAUCUUACUCUCAAGUCGUGCGACGGCGUCCUCUUUCGUGUACAUCGCAUAAACCUCGAGAUGCAUUCCCAGGUGUUCGCCAAUGCUGGAGGGUCGACGAUUCCAGAGCAACAGGAGGUCGUUACCCUCACAGAACGCGCUGAGGUGCUCGAGCUCAUGCUUCAGUAUAUGUACCUGCAGCGCCAGCCGGACUUGAGGCACGUCAAAUUUGAGGUGCUCAAGGACCUCGCUGAGGCCGUAGAGAAGUAUGAGAUAUACUCGGCCAUGGGUGUAUGUUCCCAGAAAAUGAAGGAGUCCAUAGCGAACCACCCAUUGGACGUGCUUCUUUACAGUGUUCGACACAAGUAUGAUGACAUCAUCAAUGACUGUGCCGAAGCUAGUAUCAACAUGUCGACGACCGACAUGCUAAGGUCUCUUCCUUCUGACAUAUUCGCCGCUUGGAUUCGAUACCAUCAGGAUUGGACAGACCUGAUGAACAAGGAGUAUACGCGCUUCGGUCCUACGCGACACCACAAGGAUGUCACCGUACAUCACUGUGAAAUAUGGGCAGAGAACUACGCUUGUAUCGCCCACGAGAUUGCAGGCAGACCCCAGAAUCUGCUCAAGUUACGAUCGCUAUUAGAGCGGAGGCAGCAAGCACUAGGGAAUCGCUGCGAAGACUGUAAGAGGGAGUUGGGAUAUUGGUACCAUCAGGCUAACAGGGACAGGAAUGACUUGCCACAGUUUAGCGAAUACCUUUAGCUUGUGGAAUGGGAAGAACAUACGUAUCAAAUAAUGUAACGGAAUAUACUGUAUAUGUAUACCAGUAGUUGCACAUGUGGAUGUUUUAUUACGGAGAUUCAACUUCAGGCGUUACUUAUUAGCAGCAAUAAGAAGUACGAUAAAAUAAAAGAACGAACUUGCAGGGGAGCCACUC